AUGCUCCGAGGUUUCCGCUCCAGAACCGCCGGCACCAAACACCCACGAAACGGAGAGCUGACAGAGCUGCAGUGCCAGCGGGUGAUCCAGCACAGGCUUCUACCCACUAUUAACCGCCGAAGACAUGCAGCUACGACAGCUGGAGGAAAUCACCCUGCCACGGACAUACAUCUCACCUUCGCCCCAUCCCGACAGCCCCCGGGGCCCAUUGGAUAUAAUUACAAGCCGCAAGGGGA